AUGAUCCUGAUGGACGAGGAGGGUACACAAUACCAUGCUCGUGUCUUCAAUCAGAAUUUCUCCAGAUUUCGUCAUCUUUUAAAGGAAGAUGAAAGUUAUAUAGUUAUAAAACCCAAUAUGGCUGUUGUUACUAAUGGUUUUAGUUAUACAGGUGAACCAUAUUUCUUAAGGAUUCUUUUAAAUAAAGUAAAAGGACCAACAUCAUUUGAUGAUAUUCGCACGGUAAAUGGUCAAACACAUUCUUCUUUUAGAGAUGUUUGUUAUGCACUCGGGCUAUUAGAUGAUGACAAGGAAUACAUUGAUGCAAUUAAAGAAGCAAAUCAUUCUGGAUCUGGUUUUUAUCUACGCUUUUUAUUUGCUACAUUGUUGAUGUGUAAUAGUAUGUCAAAACCAGAAGUCGUUUGGGAAAAUACAUGGGAAUAUUUGGCAGAUGGAAUUCUAUAUAGACAACGACAAAGAUUUAAGUCUGCAGAAUUGUCACUCGGAGUAGAUGAACUUAAGAACUUAACUUUGUUCGAAAUACAACAAAUUUUACUUCGAAACAACUCUACUCUCAAAAACUUCAAAAACAUGCCAUACCCAGAUGUUGAAUCCGUUUCUUCUUCAAACAAUCGGCUUAUCACCGAGGAGCUAGAUUACGACGUUCCCGUGAUAAAGAAUGACUAUGAUCGUAUGUUUCUUGCAUUAACAAAUGAGCAACGUAAUAUUUUCCUAAACAUCAUGAGUGCUAUUCAAGAAAAUAAAGGAGGCGUCUUCUUUGUUUACGGUUAUGGUGGAACGGGUAAAACUUUUUUAUGGAAAACAAUAUCUGCAGCAAUUAGAUCUGAAGGAAAUAUUGUAUUAAAUGUUGCUUCAAGCGGUAUUGCUUCCUUAUUAUUGCCCGGUGGUAGAACAACACACUCUCGAUUUAUAAUUCCAUUUGAGCUUAUAGAGGAUUCUUUUUGUAACAUAAAUCCAGACGGUGAGUUGGCAAGCUUAAUAAGAAAAACCUCUUUAAUAAUUUGGGAUGAAGCACCUAUGGUCCAUAAGCAUGCAUUUGAAGCUUUAGAUCGAACUUUGAAGGAUUUAUUAAGAUCUUCACUGCGUAAAUUAAAGGGUUUGUGA